UAUUCCUGUGCUUGUGCAUGGGAUUUACAGUCCGGGGCGGAGUUGCACUUUCCGGUCUCCUGUCACUGGUGUUUAUUUACCUUGCAGUGCCACAAGCCGGGGACAAUGAGCGGGUUACAGAACAAUGACUUGAAAAGACAGUUUCUCAUGGAGCGUCUACUGGAUGCCGUAAAGCAGUGCCAAAUUCGAUUUGGAGGACGAAAGGAGAUUGCUUCAGAUUCCGAUAGCCGGGUUAUUUGUCUGUGCGCUCAGUUUGAAGCUGUUCUUCAGCAUGGCUUGAAGAGAAGCAGAGGAUUAGCAUUAACAGCAGCAGCCAUCAAACAGGCAGCAGGAUUCUCCAGUAAAACAGAGACAGAACCAGUAUUUUGGGUGUACGUGAAAGAAAUUCUUAACAAGCACGAACUUCAGAGAUUCUACGCUUUGAAGAACAUAACCACUGAUGUAGGGAGGGGCCGCGCCUGGCUGCGAUGUGCUUUGAAUGAACAUUCCCUGGAGCGCUACGUACAUAUGCUGCUUGCAGAUCCUAACAGACUUAGUUUCUUCUAUGAAGACUGGUCAUUUCUGUUAGAUGAGGAACGUUCCAGCAUGCUUCCUACCAUGGCAGCUGGUUUGAACUCCAUCCUGUUUGCAAUCAAUAUUGAUAACCAGGAUCUAAAUGGACAAGCAAAGACAGUUCCUACAGUGUCACACCUUCUGAAGGAGUCCACUCAGAAUGUCACUUCUUUACUUAAGGAGUCCACACAAGGCGUCAGCAGUCUCCUUCGAGAGAUCACAUCAUCUUCUGCCGUAUCUAUUUUAAUAAAACCAGAGCAGGACUCUGACCCUUUACCAGUGCUUUCCAGAAGUCUUGCAUCAGAUGGCAAAGCGAAAAAGGAUCGUAAAAAGAAGAAGAAAGUGUCGACUAUCAUCUCGUUUGAUGAUGACGGCGAUAUGGAAGAUCCGCAUCCGCCUGCGGGUUCAAAGACCUUGAUGAGCGGCAUGGAGGGUUCAGAGGAGCAUUCUGACAGGUCCUCAGCUGCUCUCGCUAACUUUGAAGUGCAGUUUGAGAUGAACUUGAAUGACAAAGAAAAUACAGACUGCUCCUGGAGUAACGAUUCUCCAUGUGUUAAUGGGGAUUUCGGCUAUAGAAAGCUGGACGUGAAGAGCAUAGAUGAUGAAGACUUGGAUGACGAUGACACGUAUGAAGCACAACCUGUCAGCAAGUCAGAAGUUAGAACUGAGAGUGUUUCUGCUGAACAGACACCCGUAGGAAGCUCAGAAAACCCCCAAGUUUGCUGCUGGACAUCAUUACAAGUCUUAGAUGACAACUCUGAGGUCUUAUUCCCUGUUAAUGCUGCAAGUUCCUAUACCACCUCAGAUUCCACUUUGAAUAAUUUACCAUAUGGAGAUGAAAAUAUCAGUGCUGCCCUUGCUGUAGAGUUGGCUCAGAGAGGAUCUGACAUCCAGUUCAGCAUGGAAGCCAGUCCACCAGCACCAUUGACGGCAAUAAGCGGUGUACCGCCUGAAGAGCAAGGGCCAGACUCCAUGACAAUAAGUGAACUCCGUCAAGCUGUCGUUCUCAUGAUGAACAGGAAAAAAGAACUUGAGGAUGAAAAUGCAUCACUGAGAAACCUGCUUGAUUCAGAGAUGGAACAUUCUUCAGCACUCAGGCUGGAGAUUGACAACCUGAGGAGGAGUGUGGCAGAACAGGAGGAGCGGCACGCAGCGAAAAUCCAAGCUUUGGCAAGGGAAAACGAGGUACUGAAAGUGCAGCUGAAGAAGUAUGUCGGUGCAGUACAGAUGCUGAAGAAAGAGGGACCCAAUGACACAUUCCCAAACCUUCGAAAUAUUGAUGGAGAAAUAAUUCCUGAAGUAAAGCCUGUGGUGGAUCAUGAUGAGUUAGCCAGUUCAUAUGAACGCAAGCUCAUAGAGGUUGCUGAAAUGCACGGAGAGUUGAUUGAAUUCAACGAAAAGCUUCACCGUACUCUCAUUGCAAAGGAAGCGCUUGUGUCACAAAUGAGGCAAGAACUUAUUGAUCUCAGAGGGCCGGUCCCUGGAGAUUUGAGUCAAACAUCUGAGGACCAGAGUUUGUCAGACUUUGAAAUAUCACACCGUGCCCUUGUAAAUGUUUGGAUACCCUCGGUUUUCCUACGAGGUAAAUCUACCCACGGCUUUCACGUCUAUCAGGUUUAUGUCAGGAUUAAGGAUUACGAAUGGAACAUUUAUAGGAGGUAUGCCGAGUUCCGGAGUUUACAUCACAAGCUGCAAAGUAAAUAUCCGCACGUGAGAAACUUUCACUUUCCACCAAAGAAAGCUAUUGGGAACAAGGAUGCAAAGUUCGUAGAAGAACGACGGAAGCAGCUCCAGAUUUACUUAAGAAAUGUCAUGAACAAAGUCAUACAGACAGUGCCAGAGUUUGCUGCCAAACCUAAUAAAGAAAGCUUAAUACAACUGAUGCCCUUUUUUACUGACAUUCAAGGCAAUGGAGAACAAGGAAGCAAAGGCAGUCGAUCUAAAGUGGCCUCUCGAUUUCCAAAAUUAUCUCGAAGCCACCAGAGAGACUACCGGAACCCUGAACCACAAAGUGGAGAUCUCUGAGCACUUUAUUUCAUGCCAAGGCAGAUAAGAACUGAACUCUGCAAAAUGCCUCCUGUCCAGAAAUAGGUCACAUUACCACUUAUGGAAUCUUCUCCUAGAAAAAGAUGCACACAUCUUACGAAGAAAUCAUCACACUUUUUCUGUUGCUCAAACAAAGGCCAUCACUUUGAGGCUUUACUUUAUCUUGCACAUUGAUGACUAAUGUCACAGGGUCACCUGGAUCAUGCUAAGUAUAAUCAGAUUCUUAUUUUUAGGAAUUUUAUCAUGAUUGGAGCACACCAACAAAGCGUGGUCUGUAUCUAACGGCCUGAUGCAGCUUAGUAGAUUAUUUUGAUGAUGAUAACUUUCUAUGGACACAUCUAGCCUUGAAUGACUAACAGUGUUUUUUGAAAACUGCCAUGUUUGAUGAUUGCCUUGUUGGGUAAAAUCACUGAUAUUAUUGUUACUAUAUUGAGAUCAUAGUUUUCUAUAGCUCACUUCAAGCCAACUCAUAUAAAAUACAAACUUGCGGGUCAAAAAAAUAAGUACAAUCAAGCCUGAUUAUCACUGGAGUCUUAAAGGGACUUUAAAUAGACUAACAUGCAUGGGCUUAUCUUAGGAUAGGCCAUC